AUGGAGUAUUCUUCGAUGCACCAGAAUGUGGUGGGCGUAUCUUCAUGUUCAUCACAAGAUUACCAGAACCAGAAGAAACCAUCUCCGUCGACUAGGCCAGCUCCACCGGAGCAAUCACUGAGAUGCCCUCGCUGCGACUCCACCAACACAAAGUUCUGUUACUACAACAACUACAGUCUCUCUCAGCCUCGCUACUUCUGCAAAUCUUGUCGGAGAUAUUGGACCAAAGGCGGAAUCCUUAGAAACAUCCCGAUCGGUGGAGCUUACCGGAAACACAAACGCUCCUCCUCUUCCGCAACUAAAAGCCUCGGAACAACUCCUGAACCGCCGAUGACCUACAACGGAAAAACAUUCCCGGCGGCGAGUUUUGGUGGCUAUAAUAACAGCAUUAACAAUGAGCAGAUGGAGCUUGGGUUAGCAUUUGCCUUGCUCAACAAGCAACCUCUAGGGUUUCCUUCCGAAUUUGGAAGCUCUCAUCAGUCUCCGAUGGGCAUGAAUGGCGUGUUUGGAACCGCGAGCCAGCAGAUGGAGAACGCCGGUUAUGCGUUUGGGAAUGGUGGAAGCGGUCUGGAGCAAAUGGCGAUAAGUGAUCCGAACAGAGCCUUGUGGGGAUUCCCUUGGCAGAUGAACAUGGGAGGAGGAGGAAGUGGUCAUGGUCAUGUUGAUCAGAUUGAUUCAGGGAGAGAGGUUUGGAACACUACUGUCAACUAUAUUAAUACUGGUGCUUUAUUGUAA